AAUAAAUAGAACCCUUCAUCCUCUUGUUUCUAAACACAAAGACAACAUCCCAGAAACACAAAGCAAAUGAAGACCACCAUGUUUGCCCUCUUCCUUCUCCUUGCUUUCGCUUCUUCGGCCACAGCCGAUGUUGUCCUUGACGCAAACGGUGAGCCGGUUAGUAACAACGGCGGCGCCUACUACAUCCUCCCGGAUAUUUUUGCAAAAGGCGACAUGAAUGUGGAUAUCUCCUUCAUUGCUGUACCCAUAUGUGCUCCUGCACCGUCCAAGUGGACCAUUGUUGUGGGAGAGGAAGGCACUAAGUCUGUGAAAAUCACUGGUUACGAUAACACUUUGAAGGGUUGGUUCAGGAUUCAGAAUUACGAUAGCUUGGCGUAUAAGAUUGUGUUCUGUCUAACCGAUGCUGGUUCUUGUGAAGAUGUUGGGAUUUCAAGUGAUGAUUAUGGAAAUAGGCGUUUGCUUAUCUCUAAUGGAAACCCUUUCGCUGUUGUGUUCGUGAAAUCUCCGUCACUUGAAGCUUGA